AUGGAUGCAGGGAUAAUUCGGACAUUUAAAGCAUACUACAAGAGAUCGCUUGUGAGACAUUACAUCACCUAUGCUGAGGAAGGGCGUGAUCAGAAACUGACUGUGAGACAGGCACUUCUCUUUGUGAAAACUAGUUGGGACGAAGUUAGUGCGCAAACAAUUAGCAACUGUUACAGACAUGUGGACAUUAUUUCUCAUGAAGGGGAUUCAGAUUCUGUGGAUGAAGAUGGCAUUGCGUUGUCGGAAUUGAGACUACUCCUUAAUGAGUAUCCUUCAUCGGAUGUUGUGAGCGCUGAAGAAUAUGUCGCCGAAGAAGACAGUGAAUCAACAUGCGAGCCGCUCACGGACAGCGCAAUCAUUGACAUUGUCCAGCCAACUGAUGAUUGUGAAGAAGAAGAGGAGGAAAGGGAUCCAGCCCCCGUUCCACCAAGUUCGACUGAGGCAGAGAAAUACCUGGAAAGUCUGGUGACAUAUUUUGAGACAAUCGGCGAUGAAAUGUCACUCGGUAAAAUUAUUGAUGUGAAAAAUUCAAUGAAAAAGGUUAAAAGAACACAGACAACUAUGACAGACUUUUUGCUAUGA